AACGCGAAACAAGUACCAACAAAACUUGUAAUUUUCCUAAGCUUGACGUGACGUGAGCGAAGCCACAUCUGAUGGGGUUGCGUGAAGAGAAACUCCUAAAAAGCACGAUUUUGCAGGUGUGAUGACUGAAAGGAACGAACGAUGAUGUGCAGGCUUUUUCAAGGCAUACCCAGAGCUUUGCGUCACAAGGCUCAAGCCAACACUACCCAUCCGGCCUGGACUGGGAACAGCAGCCAGAAGAGAAGGCAUAAGGAGGAGACCACCAGCAAUGGGCUGAAUGCAGCCCCCCUGAGCAGUGAUGCAUUACACCCAUCAGACAAAAGGUCAACCCAACCACUGCCAAGUGGCACAGACUUCAACAGCCUGGUGCGACACAUGCACUUGAAGUUGGAAGAUGGGUGGCGAAGUUUCGCAGGCAGCAGACAGUGGGACUCCUUCAAGGAAAAAGGGAAUAGCUACACGUCACACGAUGCCGUGGAAUGGGGUACAGCCCUUGUGUUCAGCCUGCAUCUCUGUCGGGUGUUGGCAGCGUCGACCCUUCCCGAUGACAGCAGUGGAGGAAAGAAGAAGAUCCUUGCAUCUGUGGCAGACAGAUUGCCGGGGCUGUGGAGCAAGCCAGUCAGCCUACUGAGCCUCCUCCAUCAAGAGGAAGGCAAGAGGACAGAGCCUAAGCCCCAGGAAACUAAGCCUGAGAUUCCAGAUCCAAUUCCAGCGACACCCUUAGCUGCUGCCGUGGCUGGGCUCCAAGCAGUGACCAACCAGAGCUUGGGCCAGGCACACAACAGCCUGGGGGUGAAGAAGGCCCAGAAGGGUCAGCUGGAGGAGGCGGUCGGCCACUUCUCCGAGGGGAGCAAAGUCGGGUUCAGCAAGGCCACGUUCAACCUGGCAGUUUGCCACGAGCAAGGCCGGGGAGUGACCCAAGAUCUUGAAAAGGCGGCUGAUCUGUACAAGGUGGCCGCGGCUCAAGGUCAUCCACAGGCCAGUUACAACCUUGGGGUGUUUCACCUGAUGGGCAAGGGAGGUCUGCAACAAGACAUGGCUCGUGCUCUGGAGUUGAUGGGCACAGCAGCUGUGGCAGGCGUCACACAGGCAAACAGAUACUUGGGCAUUCACUUCCUUGAAGAUAAAGAACAGAGAGAUGAGGGAAAAGCAGCGACGUUUCUGCAGAAAGCUGCUGAAAAACAAGAUGUGGAGGCAGAGUACUAUCUUGGGCUGUGCUAUGAACAUGGCUGGGGUGUGCCCUCAAACGGUGCCAAGGCAGUUUCACUUUACCACAAAGCAGCUAUGAAAGACCACCCUGAGGCCCUCUGUAGCCUGGCAAGGUGCCAUGAGCUUGGUCUUGGAGGUUUGCCAAUCAACAAAAAGUCAGCUUUACAGUUCUACAAACAAGCAAGUGAAGUGGGUCAUGAACAAGCCUCAGAGUCCUUGGAACAACUGCUAUCCAAUCCCACCGCUGACACCUCCAAAGUGCCACAGGUCAGCACUCGAGCAGCACAUAACACAGGUGUGAUACCAACAAGAGAGAGUAACAGCUCAAACAUUUCACAGUCAAGGAUACAUGGACUUCAGGAGGUUAACAAGUCAUUGCACGUGUCCGUCUCGGCUCCAAGUCUCUCAAACAGUGAGGGGAAAACACUUCAGAGCGAGCCUGGAAAGGGCAGUGCCCAACACAAGUUUUCAUACAAGAGUGGGAAGGCUUCCGUAUCACAGCUGAGCCUUCUGCUGCCGUACUACUUCAGUCUGCCCUCCAGACCACCAAUUGCCAGUCUUGGAAUGACCAAUGGAGCUCAAAGUUCAAAGGUCAGCUUUCAGGUUGGAGAUGAAGAAAGUUCCGAUGAAGAGGACAGAGCCGACAGUUCAGCGCAUGGAUUUGAGAGCAGAUUCUUCACCUCUAAUCCAUGCCUCAUGGUGACAUGAACUGUCACUCGGACGCACUUGAUGCUUAAAACGCACAGUGCACUAAAAUGGGCUUGCUGUACAUGUAUGCAAUCAACACUUAAGGUAGUGGAAUUUUUAACUUUUAAGUUAAGGUGGUGGGUGUGAGAUUGCAGAAAUUUUGUGUGGCAGAUGAGAUCAUACUGGUCUUUAUACAGAGUACUAAGAGUAGUUAUACUUUUUGCAAGUGCAUCACAUAUUGUGAUUCAUUUGUCUAAGCACAUGCACAUUAACAGCUCUUUGUGUAGUUGGUUAUAGGUGUGAUAAAAGGCGGUCAACGGUCACAUGCUCAUUUAACUUUAACUAUGCAUGUCGAACAACUCUCAAAUCUGUACUACACACCAGCUAAUGGAAAAUACCUGGGGUAUGUCUAUAUUCCACAGUACUUUCUCUACAUGUUACCUCAUUAUACAUGUACUUGUGUCCCUCGAAUUAGUGCACCUCUUAGGGCCAUAAAAAUGGUCCGAAGGAUUUAUUUUUAAGAAAUAUUGUAUUCUGUACAAAACGAACAAGAGGAAAUUGCUUUUUAUUCAAGUUUUAUUCCAGAGAAGGUUUUCUGAGGAAACAACCCUUUUGCAACCUGGAUUCUUAAGAGUAAAGUAUUGUUCCUUGAAUUCACCAAUACAUGUUACUCAUGUGGUUUAACUCAAGAUAGCAUUUGCAUAUACAUGUUCAACAUCUAACUGAACUGGCACCUUUUAUAUCAUACACAUACAAUUUUUGUAAGGGGGUUUCUUUUAUAAAAAAUAAUAAAAGUCUUGUUGCAGUUGCAAUGUGAA